UCGCGGAGCUCGCCCUGCACGGCCGUCGUCCCUGCGAUCUGAGCAAAAUUAAAAGUUCGUCCAUUUCAUCUCUCUCUCGCCUCGCGUUUGUUCUGUCUCCUUGAAUCUUCUGAGGAGUGUUCUCAUGGUGCUUUCACGGCUCCGACAUCCGGCGAUCAGCCGCGCUACGUCACUCCUCCGAGCUCGUCUCUUCGCUUCGUCCGUUGCUUCCUCCUCCAGAUCGCUUGGACGCAUUUCUAAUGGGCAAUGCUGCCUAGGUGACAAAAAUGGCGCCUGUAUGAGGUCUCUGUCCGUAUCCAUGGUUAAAGGAAUAGAUGAUUGUCCUCCAAAGCUUGGUUUGCGACAUGGCGUUCGGCACUUGUCGUCUGCAGAAUCGGCACCCCACACAGUUCUUAGAAUGCCAGCCUUGUCUCCCACGAUGACUCAAGGAAAUAUUGCAAAAUGGAGGAAGAAAGAAGGUGACAAGAUAGAGGUGGGCGAUGUUCUAUGUGAGAUAGAGACAGACAAAGCAACUCUUGAAUUUGAGAGUCUUGAAGAAGGAUAUCUGGCAAAAAUCAUAGUAGCUGAAGGAUCAAAGGAUGUUAUUGUUCAAGAGCCUAUAGCAAUAAUGGUUGAGGAAGAAGAUGAUAUUCAAAAUGUUCCUGCUACCCUGGAAGAUGGAUUAGUAGGUAAAGAGGAAACAUCAACUCGUCAGGAGAUAAAACAGGAAGAAAGCAUGCAAGACAAAGGUUCUCUUCAGUCCGAUACAUCUGAUUUGCCCCCACAUAUUGUCCUAGCAAUGCCAGCACUGUCGCCAACAAUGGACCAAGGUAACAUAACCAAAUGGAGGAAAAAAGAAGGUGACAAGAUUGAAGUGGGUGAUAUCAUAUGUGAGAUCGAGACAGACAAAGCAACACUGGAAUUUGAAAGCCUUGAAGAGGGGUACUUGGCCAGGAUCCUAGUUCCUGAAGGUUCCAAGGAUGUGGCCGUUGGAAAACCUAUUGCACUUAUUGUUGAAGAUGCUGAAAAUAUUGAAGCCAUCAAGUCUUCUUCCACGGGUGGUUCCCAGGCUGAGAAGGGAGAACAAGCCCGUCAAGGAGUUGUUGAUAAACCUGGAGAUGGUAAACCAAGCUUCACAAAGAUCAGUCCUGCAGCAAAACUACUCAUCUCAGAAUAUGGAUUGGAAGCAUCAUCACUUAAAGCAUCUGGUCCUCGUGGUACACUACUGAAAACGGAUGUCCUGGCCGCAAUUGCUUCCGGAAAUAUAUCAAAGAAAACAUCUGUUCCUACCAAGAAGAAACAUCCAUCAAAGGAAACCCGGUCUGAAGCCUCUUCGAUAUCGCUGCCUGAAACAAAGUCUACUCAGACACAAUCAGACAAUUACAUAGAUUUGCCCAAUAGUCAAAUUCGUAAGGUUAUAGCGAGACGUUUACUGGAAUCAAAGCAGAAUACACCACAUUUAUAUUUGCAAUCAGAUGUAGUAUUGGAUCCACUUCUUGCGUUUAGAAAAGAACUUCAAGAAAAACAUGAUAUUAAAGUGUCGGUCAAUGACAUAGUGAUAAAAGCAGUGGCAGUCGCUCUGAGGAAUGUGCAGCAAGCCAAUGCAUUCUGGAAUGCUGAGAAAGGGGGUGUUGUUCUUUGCGAAACUGUUGAUAUAUCAAUUGCAGUUGCUACUGAGAAGGGCUUAAUGACUCCAAUAAUCAGGAACGCAGACCAGAAAUCCAUUUCAGCCAUCUCUGCAGAGGUUAAGGAGCUUGCACAAAAGGCACGGGCUGGAAAGCUUGCUCCUCACGAAUUUCAAGGAGGAACUUUCAGCAUUUCAAAUUUGGGAAUGUAUCCAGUGGACCAUUUCUGCGCAAUCAUUAAUCCCCCUCAGGCUGGUAUUCUCGCCAUUGGUAGAGGAAAUAAAGUCGUCGAGCCAAUGAUUACAAGCGACGGAAUUGAGAAGCCUUCAGUCGUGACGAAAAUGAGUGUUACCCUAUCCGCUGACCAUCGUGUAUUUGAUGGACAAGUUGGAGCUGCGUUUUUCUCCGACCUGCGUUCGAAUUUCGCUGAUGUUCGAAGACUUCUUCUGUGAAAAGAAACAAUUUUCAAACUUGGCCAAGUUUGAUAUGUGGUUCCUUCAGAAAGCAGUGAAUCCAAGAAAAACUUUUUCACUUUCAAAGCUCUUUAAGCACUUGUUGCUUUUUUCAUUUCGAUUUCUGAAACCAAAAUUUGGUUUUGGUGUUUAAUCUCGUAAUGGAUUUGUCUCUUCUCCACAAUAAAUUUUCAUGUGUAAAGACAAAACUGAUAUGGCAAAGGGCCACUCAACAUGACAUGAAGGUUUUGGUUUUGAGUACUUUGUAUUUCUAUGUUACCAUAUAACAAAUAAGGUUUACUCUAUUUGAUCGAUUAUGUAAGUAUGGUUAAAUUCUGAACGCCUUUAUACAUUUUGUAAUGAUGUUGAGGUUA